GAAGCUGCGUUGGAGGCAGCGUCCAGCCUGUCACUGGGGGUCCCUAUCAAUAAUCCGGACCCUCAGUGACAGGGCAGACAUUAUCUCUUCAGCUUUGAGUUAUUACUUGGAAGGUCGACUGGACGCACCUUUAAAACAGCUUCAGGAGGGCAUGGAAGCUCUGGGAGUGCUGCAGGCACUCAGAGAAAAGCCUGCCUUACGGCUGCUGUUUUUUGGAGGCCCCCCUGGUCCGCUGACAGCGGAGCAAGUGACAAAACUAUUUCAAGUCACAUUCAGUGUGGCAGGGAGCUCUCUGCGUUUGGAGGAGGAGAGAGCAGUUGGCCAUUGGAGGGACUGGCUCAUUGACGUAGAGGGUGGAGAUGCAGUGUUGAUCCAGGAUGGACUUGAGCCAGUCCACAUUACACUAGAGGACGUCCUCAUGUUCGCCACUGGGGCGGACAGAAUCCCACCUCUGGGCUUUAGUGUGGUGCCGUCACUGGCUUUUUUGCACGAGCCCCUGAACAGCCAGAGGAAGAGGAAGUUUCCAGAGGCCAACACCUGCGCCCUCAUCAUGAGGCUGCCAAUGCAUGCCUCAUAUGAACAAUUCAGUGAUUCAAUGAUAUCUGGGAUUAAGCAGUCCCCACAGUUCGGGACUGCUUAAUCCCAGAUAUUGGAUUGGCUGAC